AUUGCAAUUGCACCAAUGACCAAUAGUUGCGAAGUAGAUUGCUUGUAGAAGUGUCCUUGACGCGCUUAUUUGCUUUUAAUUCAUUUUAAAUUUUAGACUUUUAUUGUAAAAUUAAAUUAAUACAAGUGUCAACUGCCUUUCAUAUUAAAGAGCUCUUUCUGUUUGUGUACAAGGAGACUUUAACUUGAACUCAAGAUGGGUAAUAAAUCAUCUUUGAUGCUUCAGACAGAGGAAAUAGCAGAAAUUCACCAGGAAACGGGAUUUUCUCCAAGUCAAAUUGAGCGAUUGUACAGCAGAUUUACAAGUUUAGAUAAAACCGACAAUGGAACUCUUAGUCGAGAGGAUUUCUUGCGUAUUCCUGAGUUGGCCAUUAAUCCACUUGGGGACAGAAUUGUGCAUGCCUUUUUUAAUGAAGCAUAUGAUGACAGAAUCAACUUCCGCCAAUUUAUGAGAGUUCUCUCUCGUUUCCGUCCAGUGAAAAGAAACAAAGAGAAUAAAUUGAAUAGCAGGGAGGAAAAGCUUCGUUUUGCAUUCAAAAUGUAUGACCUUGAUGAUGAUAACAAGAUUUCUAGAGAUGAGUUGUUAGCUGUUUUGCAUAUGAUGGUUGGUGCAAAUAUCUCAGAAGAACAACUGGCAAAUAUUGCUGACAGAACUAUAGUUGAAGCUGAUUCAGAUGGAGACCAUAUGAUUUCAUUUGAGGAAUUUUGUGCUUCACUAGAAAGAACUGAUGUAGAAGAAAAGAUGAGUAUCAGAUUUCUACACUAAUGCGCUGAAGAGGAAAUAUCUGAAUAUUUUUGUAAAUGUAAAAAAUUUCACAUGGUUAAAACUAGUAUUUUUUAUCAACAUUCCAAACGUCUGUAGAAAAAGGGAGCCAGUAAAUAUUGUAUUUUACCUGUA